GGACGUGCUCUCCUUCAGCUAUGUUUGGUCAAGCAGGGACACCAUAGGAUUGAAACUGACCACAGCUGAUCAGGUGUUGAGCAGUGUGAGUGGGAUGGACGGGGACCAUAUAACCACCCUGUGUACUCCUGUCAUGGUUGUGGAUGUUGAUAUAGUGAAGAGGAAUGCUGAGAAAAUGAGAGAACGUUGGACCAAGCUAGGAGUCACACUACGACCACACAUGAAGACACACAAGACCCUUGAGUGUGGUGAUAUAAUGACAGGUGGGUCUAGGAGUUGUAUCGUCGUGUCAACACUGGCAGAAGCCAGUUUCUAUGCCGACCACGGAUAUGACGACAUCCUGUAUGCCUACUCUGUUCCCUUUGACAAGGUUGAGCGCUGUGCCGUGCUGGCAGAGCGUCUGUCUCUGUUCCAGGUGUUGUUGGACCACAGAGAUGCUCUGGAUGAGCUGAGGAAGAGCCCACUGACAGACGGAGGGGUGUGGCACGUCUGGCUCAAACUGGACUGUGACAACGGAAGAGCGGGUGUUCUGCACUCGGAGCCAGAGGCACUGCGAUUGGCCCAGGCCAUCUCUGAGUCAGAGGGGGUGGAGCUGGUGGGGGUGUACGCCCACUGUGGGAACACCUAUGGCUGCAGAGGGGCAGAGCAAAUACACGCUGUUGCCCAGGAAACAACCACCCUCGUACUGCAGUUCAUGGAGAAACUAAAGGCUGUGGGUAUCAGCUGUAAGUCCAGUAUAGGCUCCACCCCCUCCUGCAGCCAGCCAAUCAGUGACAUGGCCAAGCUCAGCGAGGUGCAUCCUGGGAACUACGUCUUCUUCGACGUGCAGCAGUCUGUGAUUGGUUCGUGCGGUCUGGAGGACGUGGCUGUCAGGGUUCUGAGCAGGGUCAUAGGUCACUCUCCUCACAGAAACCAGCUGCUCCUUGACUGUGGCUGGUCCGCUCUCAGUCUGGAUGGAGCUGGGAAACUGCCCACCGGAUACGCUGUCAUAGAGGGACAUCCUGACCUCAGGUUGUUGUCUUUGACCCAGGAGCAUGGCAGAGUCGAGCCUCUCUCAGGACAGCUGGACUACAGCCAAUAUCCCCUGGGAACACUACUGACUAUUAUACCUUACCAUAGGUCUAAUCUAGGUGUGUGUGUCCAGGCGUGUGCGACGGCCAUGAUGCAUCCCGUGUACUACAUCCACUCUGAAGGCCGGCUGAUGGGAAAGUGGACACCCACGCGCGGCUGGUGAUCAGCAGAGCAUCAUGGGAAAUGUAGUACUAUGUGGGUCCAUGGGUGUGUAGUCCUGACAAAAUCAGAGUGCGUGUUGGAGGGAAUCAGCCUGAGCUACAGAAUCACUGAUCUACAAAUCACCUUGCAGCUCAAACAAUUACUCAUUAUGUGAUCUCUUAUGUGAUCUUGGGAAAUGUCCUUCCUAUACUUUUCAUAUGUCAUCGUUAAUAUUGUGUUGUCCUGCAUUGGGGCUGUAUUGUAUAGCUGUCACUGACACUAAACCAUCUUUUACACUAAUAAAUGAACCACUUUCCUUAAA